AUGUGGUGGGACAGCUCUCCGGAGGUCUGUAAGCCUGGGAUCCUGUGUCCCAGAGUUGAUCCAGCCCUGGUCUGUCCUGGCUGGGGGAUCUGCGACUCUUCUGACCCAUUCUGCUUUCCACAGAUGGACUAUCUAGAACCGAUGGGUGACAACAUCAGCGGCAUGGCCCGGUGCCCGUAUGAUCCUAAGCAUGCCAACGUUGCCCUCUUUACAGGAGGAAUGCUGUUCACAGCCACGGUGACCGAUUUCCUGGCCAUCGACGCCGUGAUUUACCGCAGCCUCGGAGACAGCCCGACCCUGCGCACGGUGAAGCACGACUCCAAGUGGUUUAAAGAACCCUACUUUGUCCAUGCUGUGGAGUGGAAGAACCACGUCUACUUCUUCUUCAGAGAGAUAGCGAUGGAGUUCAACUACUUGGAGAAGAUGGUGGUCUCGAGGAUAGCCCGCGUCUGCAAGAACGACAUGGGGGGGUCCCAGCGGGUGUUGGAGAAGCAGUGGACGUCCUUCCUGAAGGCUCGCCUGAACUGCUCCGUCCCGGGAGACUCUCACUUCUAUUUCAACGUCAUCCAGUCGGUCACGGACAUUUUGGAGAUCGACGGGAGGCCGAUGGUGCUGGCCGUCUUCUCCACGCCCACCAACAGCAUUCCUGGCUCAGCCGUCUGCGCCUACGACAUGGCCCAAAUUGCAGCGGUCUUCGAAGGGCGCUUCCGAGAGCAGAAAUCUCCUGAAUCCAUUUGGACCCCAGUCCCAGAAGAACUGGUUCCCAAACCACGACCAGGUUGCUGUGCGGCCCCCGGGAUGCAGCACAAUUCCUCCAGCCUUUUUCCCGACGAGAUCCUCAGCUUUGUCAAGACGCAUCCCCUGAUGGAUGAGUCGGUGCCCUCUUUGGGGAAUGCCCCCUGGAUCAUCCGGAGCGUGGCUCGGUAUCAGCUGCGGAAGAUUGUGGUGGACAAUGCAGCCGGCCCGGGCAGAAACUACACGGUGGUCUUCCUGGGCUCCGAUACGGGAACCGUCCUGAAGUUUCUCAUCCGCGCCAACCUCAGCGCCAGCUCCUCCCCUGCCAGGGCUAGUAGCCACAGCUUGCUGCUGGAGGAAUUUGAGACCUACCCCAGCGACAAGUGAGUUGAAACCGACGAACACACUCAUGCACGCGCACAGACGCACGGCGCUUCUUUUUUCAGCGUU